AUGUCUCAGUGGAAUCAAGUCCAACAAUUAGAAAUUAAGUUUUUGGAGCAAGUAGAUCAAUUCUAUGAUGACAACUUUCCUAUGGAAAUCCGGCACCUGCUGGCCCAGUGGAUUGAGCAUCAAGACUGGGAGGUAGCAUCUAACAAUGAAACUAUGGCAACAAUUCUUCUUCAAAACUUAUUAAUACAAUUGGAUGAACAGUUAGGUCGUGUUUCCAAAGAGAAAAACCUGCUAUUGAUCCACAAUCUAAAGAGAAUUAGAAAAGUUCUUCAGGGAAAGUUUCACGGAAAUCCAAUGCAUGUAGCUGUGGUAAUCUCGAAUUGUUUAAGGGAAGAGAGGAGAAUAUUGGCUGCAGCCAACAUGCCUAUCCAGGGACCUUUGGAGAAAUCCUUACAAAGUUCCUCAGUUUCAGAAAGACAGAGGAAUGUAGAGCACAAAGUGGCUGCCAUUAAAAACAGCGUACAGAUGACAGAACAAGACACCAAAUACUUAGAAGAUCUGCAAGAUGAAUUUGACUACAGGUAUAAAACAAUUCAGACAAUGGAUCAGGGUGACAAGAAUAGUAUCUUGAUGAACCAAGAAGUUUUGACACUGCAAGAAAUGCUUAACAGCCUGGACUUCAAGAGAAAGGAAGUGCUCAGUAAGAUGACACAAAUAGUGAAUGAGUCGGACCUGCUAAUGAACACCAUGCUGACAGAAGAGCUGCAGGACUGGAAGAGGCGGCAGCAGAUCGCCUGCAUCGGUGGCCCACUCCACAAUGGGCUGGACCAGCUUCAAAACUGCUUUACCCUGUUGGCAGAAAGUCUUUUCCAACUUAGACGACAGCUGGAAAAAUUAGAGGAGCAGUCUACCAAGAUGACUUAUGAAGGAGACCCGAUCCCCACCCAGAGAGCACACCUGUUGGAGAGAGCCACCUUCCUGAUUUACAACCUUUUCAAGAACUCAUUUGUGGUUGAGCGACAGCCAUGCAUGCCAACACACCCUCAGAGGCCGAUGGUACUUAAAACCCUCAUUCAGUUCACUGCAAAACUGAGGCUACUAAUAAAAUUACCAGAACUCAACUAUCAGGUGAAAGUUAAAGCAUCAAUAGACAAGAAUGUUUCAACGCUAAGCAAUAGAAGAUUUGUGCUUUGUGGAACUCAAGUCAAAGCCAUGUCCAUUGAGGAAUCCUCCAAUGGGAGCCUCUCCGUAGAAUUUAGACAUUUGCAACCCAAGGAAAUGAAAUCCAGCGCUGGAAGUAAAGGAAAUGAG